GUGGGGGGGGGGGAUCAGCAUGAGAUCAGCAAACGUAUAUUCUUUGUGGACGUUGUAGCACAAGCUGUCAAUAUAUUUGGAAGUUGUUCAUUUGCUGGGAUGUGGCGGCUUGGAGGCUCAAUCCAGCUUCCCUUAGUGUGGGCCUGAAGUUUGCACAUCCUAAACCUGUCCUGGGUCUUUCGUUUUCCUCUUCCAGUUUGAAUACAUGCAGCUGCUGAUUUUUGUAGCGUAUGAGUAUGUCAUGUAUGCGCCCUGUGUCAUGGCAUCCCGUCUAGGGCGUUUAACCCUUUUCUUGUACUCUGUUACCUUGGUGAGGCUACAGGCACUGUAGACCCUGUCCAAGAUGACUGGCUGGAAGAUGGAGGGGUGCACUUUAACAAUGCAAAUGAUAAAUGGUUUGUUUUUGUUGCACAGAUCAACGAGCUUGUUACCAUUCAACAAAGUGGAAAAACAAAGAUGGUAGUCUUGUAUAAUAGACUCCAUUUAUUUGCUUGUUUGUUUUUUGCAAGUCAAUCUGAUUCAUUAUAAAGGAAAAAUAUGAGUUUACUCUUGUCCUGCUUUUGCCAAAUUGGUACUUCCUGUGAUUUGUGAACCACACCAAGAAUUUCCUUAAUUAGUGCUCAGAUCCCAAAUUUGUAUUAAUGGCAGAUUCAUACGGCUUGUUCCUUUAUUUUGCUCCACUCAUUAUGGAAGCCAUAUUAACUUUUGAGAUUCAUGGCCUGUGUGGGUUUUGAAUAUUUUAACCAAAUAUGUUUCAAGUGCUUUCAGGUGCUCAUUUUCACCCUAUAUGUUUGCAGCUGUACCAUUAACCUCAUUGCGUUUCUAAUCAUUUUCUGCUAAAUUUUGCAGUGCGUCUGAAUGCCGUUGAUGGUUUUAAAGGGGAAAACGGAGAAGCGUUAGAAAAGAAUGAGAAAAACAGGAGAAGAAAUGCAGAUAAGCUAGAAGGGCCAAAAAAAAAAAAAGACAUUUCAACACUCACCAGUUUCUCCGGGCAAUGGGAACACUGACACAAGUCAGAACAUGUGCAACACGUUUACUUGAAGGCUUGAUGGUCCCCCUGUGGACCAAAGUGGUGCCAUACCAGGCGGGUAAAGCAGUACCAGAGCACCACGGUCCAAAGGAAUGUACGUUACAAUACACGGCCAAGUGCUAUCUACAAAGCUGGUAUGGUAAUCGAAUGAAUGCUCAACGAGCUCUAAUUUUCUCAAUGUCUGCAUUUGUUUUCAAUGUAGAGAGAAAAAAUAUGAUAAAGGCCUUUAUACAACAAUGCAGUAUUGGAGCAGAUAUAAAACUCUGCUAAUUCAUACCAUGUUGGCCUUUCUUGAAUUGCCACCUGAUCCUAUGACCACAGUAAAGAAUUUGUUUUCUAAAAGGUAGAUAUUGAACAAUGAACUAUUUGUUCAGAGCUCACAGCAAAUAAACAGGAUCUCACGCAGUUUUUUUUUUUCCUCUGUUGUUUCCUAUGUUGCAGCGUUUUUUUAAUCACCAGGGAGACCGUCAUGAACGGAACCUUGAAAUCCCAUAGUUCUUUGCAACCAGCUUGCCCUUUUCGCUAAUGUCCGUGAAGUAUUCAGACAUGGUCAUAUUUUUAGGGGUCAUAGUCCUCAGUUGUGCGGCUGACUGCGACUGACGUGGUAGACGGAGGCUAAAGAAUCGGGCCAUUCUGUGGGCAGUCCCAGCACAGGCAGUCUGAAUGAGACAAGCUGGACUUCGGGGGGGCCCCGGAUGGGACAGGGAGUGAGGAUGGACAAGCUGGCAGAGUUCGAGAGCUGCUGUCCAUCGAGACGUCGAGAAUGGGAUACCAGCAGUUGCAUGGAUGAUUUGCUGGAAGAAGACGAGAAAGACAGAGCGAAAAGGGCGUCUCGCAACAAGUCUGAGAAGAAGAGGAGGGAUCAGUUCAAUGUUCUCAUUAAGGAGCUGUGCACCAUGCUUCAGGGACAAGAUUAUCCCCGAAAAAUGGACAAAUCCACAGUACUACAGCGAACCAUUGACUUCCUGCAAAAACAGAAAGAGAUCACCGCUCAGACCGAAUCAUGUGACAUCCGGCAGGACUGGAAGCCACUCUUUCUUUGCAAUGAAGAAUUCACGCAACUGAUGUUAGAAGCUUUAGAUGGUUUUCUCAUAGCUCUUACCACAGAUGGCAACAUUAUAUAUGUUUCUGACAGCGUUUCGUCCCUGAUUGGUCACUUGCCGUCAGAUAUGGUGGACCAAAACAUCUUGAACUUUCUCCCUGAGCGAGAACAUGGAGAGGUCUACAAGCUGCUGUCGUCCCACAUGCUGAUGGCCGACCCCGUCACCCCUGACUUCAUGGACAAUGAGUCACACAUCGAGUUCUGUUGUCACUUAGCAAGAGGAAACAUCGACCCAAAAGAGCCCCCUACAUAUGAGUAUGUGAAAUUUGUUGGCGAUUUCAAGUUUCAUAACUAUGUGCCUACGAUGUCCUGCAACGGCUUUGACCUGGUGAUGCCAAGACCGCUGCAGGCCUCCCUGGACGAGCAGGUCUGCUUGGUGGCGACCGUGCGACUGGCCAUGCCACAGUUCCUAAAGGAUCUAUGCACUGUUGAAGAUCCAUGUGAUGAAUUCACCUCCAGGCACAGUCUGGAAUGGAAGUUCUUGUUUUUGGAUCAUAGAGCUUCACCUAUAAUUGGCUACUUGCCUUUUGAGGUUCUCGGAACGUCUGGCUAUGAUUAUUAUCAUGUCGACGACUUGGAGCUAAUCGCAGAAUGUCACAAACAAUUAAUGCAGUUCGGAAAGGGAAAGUCCUGCUACUAUCGCUUUCUGACUAAAGGACAGCAGUGGAUCUGGCUCCAGACACACUAUUACAUCACCUACCACCAGUGGAAUUCCAAACCGGAGUUUAUCGUUUGCACCCACACUGUGAUCAGCUAUGCAGAGGUGCGGGCAGAGCGGAGGAGAGAGCUGGGCCUUGAAGAGACCCUGUCUGAAGUCCCCUCCUCCUCCUUAAUUAAGAGUCACGAUGUUUACCUGGAUGUCAGCCAGGAAGCGCCCAGAGUGAGCAGGACCCGGUCUGUGUCCUCUCAUAGUUCCCGCAAGUCGUCCCACACUGCCAUGUCGGACUCUGUGUCAAACUCCUCGAUGAGGUUCACGGAGACCAGCACGCCUACACGCCAGUCCAUGUCCACUGUGCCAGAGAAGAGCUCCUCCAGGAUCCAGCCCAACAGCUCAAAGACUUUAGUUCAGAGCCAAAACUCUUCCAAUGUCUUUCCCCAGCCGAGCGUCCCUCAUUCUGCUACCGGCAACCAGCCUCCUGUCAUGACCAUGUACCAGUUGCAGCCGCCGCAGUUGGGCGUCAUGAAUGAGCUGAAGGAGCAGCUGGAGGAGCGAACGCGCAUCUUGCAGGCCGACAUCCAGACGCAGCAACAGGAGCUGCAUGAGAUCAAAGAGCAGCUCCAGCGAGUCAGCAGCUCCAACCUCGAGAUGCUCCGGCAGCCCCCCGGCCCCGCGGGUUUCAGCCAUCUGCGGCAGGGUCCGGGCAGGCCGGCCAAGCUGCCCCAGGAGGCUGUCGGCAGGCAGCCUUACAGUCAGGCCAAGCAGCCUCCCGUAGGUCAGGAGCACCUUCCGAGCUGCCGUGAUACAUCGGGCCACUCGCUCAGCUCUCCCUCCACUCAGGUGCAGCAUCAGCAGCUGAUGUGUGUCGCUCAGGGUCAGGCCCCCCGCCUGCCACCCCAUACGCACGGCAGCGUGACCGUACCCCUCUACAGCAGCCCCCUGGGGUUCCCCCCGGCAGCGACGCGGCCUGUACAGCUGCCCCUGUCCCUGGCAUCCGACGCCAGCCAAAGACUCCCAGACGCGGACUUCAGUCAAAACGGACAGCUGCGGAUGCUACUGAACCAGCCGAUACAGCCCCUGAUGCCAGACAGCGCCGGGACGUCUCAGGCCUCGCAGUACAGCGCAGCCAUGCAGCAAACCAAAUACACGAUGGAGCAGCACAUCAUGGCGUCGUCGCUGCCUGUGCAGCAGAUGAACUGCAGCGCCGUCAUCGUGCCCUCCCCCGUCUUCACCUCGCCCAUCGUCCUGCCCCACAACAGCUUCAUGUCGCCCCUGGCUCAGCCCGUCUACCCCCAGCAGCCCCCGCCUUCCCAGCCCUCUCUGCAGCAACACCAGCAUCACUUCUUUCAGCAGAUGCAGGCCCCGGGACUCCUAAGCUGUGCGCAGACGCCGGCCCUCUUCCACACGGCCCACGUGGCUCAGACGGGCACCAUGGGAUACGUACAGGAACAGCAGCACUGCCAUUCGCAGCCGCAGAGCGGCAACCUCUCAGACAUGCGGAACAUGUAGCCCCCCCCCCCCCUCGGCAUUCCAGCGUGGGACGGCAGGAUGGCCAAUAAAUGGCAGAAUUCAGAAGGGAACCCCAACGGCAAGCUUCUGGCGCUACGACAGCUUUCAGGCUCCUCGUUAGAACCAUGUAGAACCUGUCUGGAGUGGCCUUACUUUGGAUAAGGUACUGCCUUAUUUAAAUUAACUGUAUUUUUUCUACUCCACACGUUUCAACUGCUUACAGGCGUUUCCAGAAUGGGAUCGUGACCUCUAAUGACCCUACAGUUCCGUCCGAUGGCGAGUAUGGAAAUGCCGCACCUUUGUGUAACUAAGCACUUACGGAAGAGGCCCAUUGCAAAACAUUAAAAUGGCAAAAACAACGUGCAGGCAACCACUGGGCAAUGGGAGCUGCUCAUAUCGAAUUAUGCAUUUGGCAUAAGUGGCUGUUAAGCUGUGAUUUUUAUGACAGAAUACUCCUUAGACAGACAGUAAAACAGAACAUCGCUGUUGCUGUGGUGAGAAAGAUUGUGGUUGUAGUACCCAAGCGCAAAUUCACAGAAGUAUCAUCAACAUCUGUCUGAUUAAGCUGAAAUCUUGAUACUCGCAGUUACAGAUGAUCAAAUUUCUGUUUACAGUGUUAUGUGACCAUUAUAUAGAGCACUACAACAAAAUCAUUCAAGUAUAAGACAUGAAGCGUCUGAUUAUUUUGGCUCUAGACCCCUGAGAAUCAGUUCAGAACAAAGUACAUACAAGUGCGUAAAAAUGUAUUUCUAUACUCAAUGUAUUACUCACUGAAUUUUGAUUUCUUAAAUUACCUGGACUUAUGUUUUAUAUCAAUACGCUGGCAGAUUUUUUUCCUCUCUCUUUUUUUUUUAAAGAUGAGUACAUGUUAGCAGGUGGGCCCAAUCCAUUAAAUCACAAACGUACCCCACCUGACCCAAUGUGGUACUGCUUCGACGUCUUAUAUCUGUGUUGGAGUCGAUCCUUAAUUAAACAUACAUUUCUGUUAUCCUUGAUAAUAUCCUCUUCUCAGGUAAUUUAUGAAAUCAAAAUUCUCUGUUUUAAAAUGCAUUUUUAAUCCCAGCUCGCUGGUUACACCCAUGUUUAUGUUUUCUGUGUUAAUAUAUUAAGUAAUUUUAGGUCACUGCCAGCUAACUAGCGAGUGGUGUGAAGCGUAGAUGUAAAGUACUGUAUUCAAACAUGCUGUGUCCCCUCAAUUCAUUUGUUGAUACUGUAGAGCUCACAGCACUUUCCGUGUCUGAUGUUGUACAGCUGGUUUAGAUGUAAUUAUGACACCGUUCAUAUUUACAGGAACUUGAAAUAAUCCCAAGAAUCUAUCCAUUCAUUCAGUUUCUAUAUUGUUGUCCAGUUAAGAGCUAUAACACCGAACACAUUUAUAUUAUAUUAUAUUAUUUUAUAUUAUAUUAUAUUAUUUAUUAUUGCUGUCCGAUGGGGAAACACUCAUCUUCAAAAAUGUUCUCAGAAAAUGCUUUACAAAAUAAAUCUAAAUAAAUCGAAACAACGCAAUGAGAUAGCCUUAGCCGCACAAAUAGAAACCUUUACAUGGAUGUCGGUGUGAGGUUAAUGUUUUAAAUGGACUUCAGUGGAUUAUCAGUGAAAUAAAUAUGUCAGUAUCAAAAAAACACAAACUAAUCUCACUUUGUUUUCACAAUUAAUGAUGCUAGUUAGCUAGCUAUGUAGCUACCAGUGUUAACUUAAAAUUGUAAAGUAAUCCAUAUUAAUGGCAAUUGUGAAGUGUUCACAAGUACAAGUAAAUGCUAGUUAAACAGGUGACUAAAUAAAACAUCUCUUGGUCAAUUAAAUGUCGGACGCUAUCAGUAGACAGAGGAGAACAGGCUUAUCCCAUCUAUAGUAAAAAAAAAUAACAAUCGUCAAUAAGUGGACAUGUACGGUUUGCGUCGGACAGCAAUGAUAUUAUGUUAUAUAAGAUAUGAUGUAUAACAUAUACAAGGGUGUCUUGAUAGUAAUGGCAUUUUGAAAUUCUCAACGGUAACCCUAGACCAUCCCAGGGUAACUGCAAUCUGUCAUAUUCCCCACUUGGCCAAAACGCCCACACGGCACGUUUUAGGCGAGUGACUUGUGACAUCGCUGCAGUUUCCCGGUGACUCAUGUGCUAUUCGCCAACUGUUCCUCCUGCCAUAUAAAUACAUGUAUAUUUCAUCCAGAUCCUUUAUACUGGUACCCAGUGUUUACCAUUUAGAUAUGGCAAAGCACAUCUAUUUAUUUAUUUUUUUUAACUUAUUUUUUGUGUGUUGUAUUUUUGCACCACUUUA